AAUUUUUCCCGCCUUUUUUUUUUCUUGUUUCAUUUUUUCCCCUUUCAUCCUUUUUCGAUUUCUCUUCUCUGCAUUCAAUCAUGACACGCUUCCAGGCGCCUCUGCCCGUCAAGCCAGCUGCCACAACCACUGCCACGUCCACUGCUGGUGCUGGUGCUGGUGCUGGUGCUGCGGGAGGGCUGCGCGACGCAAACGCUGAAAAUGCAUUGCGAAACAGUAACGGCGCGAUUCAAAAAAUUCAAACGGGCAAGUCCGCUCAGCCUGCUGUUCCCGUUGCUGCUGUUCCCGCUGCUGCUGCUGCUGCUGCUGCACCUGCAUAUGCAAUGAUGGAUACAUACGAGGACGAUGCGAACGACGGGACGGUCUUGCCCGGAGGCCGCGACGGAGACCGCUCCGACAGUGAGGACGACGCUUCCGACGACGACGACGACGACGAGGACGACCAGGACGAGAAGUCGAGAGCCAAGGACCCAGCUGCUGCGUUCUAUCGAGCUCAGCGCAAGCUCUUCCAGACGCCGAUGGUGGGCGGUCCGUCGGCACUGAGCGUGCUCGGCUCGCGGGAUUUGAACGACACAAUCAUGGCCACCUCCCAGGUCGACCCACGCGUCGCAGCCCUCACACAUCAAGAAGACAUGGAGGACGACAGUGCGUCUGAUGACGACGAUAACGAGGAUGAGGAGCCUGGCACAGUGACUGCGACGAGGUUUGCCAAGCCAGCCGCUGCUGUCGCCUCAGACGCCCACCUCUCCAAGCAGCCAGAGCCCAUCAUGACGAUGGAAAUGGACGUGUCAGGCAUCAACGACGACUCCUCGCUCGACCAAAGCGACGAGUCUGCUGUCGCCGACGACAGUCUCGAUUCAACCAUGAUCCAGGGCAACAACAACAACAACAACAACGCGGACGACGAAGCUGGAUCGCUGCGCGAGCCCAUCCACGUCUAUCUUCGCGUUCGACCGCUCACCGCCGUGGAGCUUUCGUCUGGAGGCAGCUGCGUGGAGAUUGUCAACAAAUCCUCAGUCAUCUUGCACCCGCCGGCAAACGCGCACACACUGACCAAAGAGCAGCAAUACAAGUUCACGGCCGUGAUGGGACCAGAGACGGACCAGCGGGCCACCUUUGACAAGACAACGCUGCCUCUGCUCCAAGACGUCGAGCAGGGCCACAACUGCGUCCUCCUCUGCUACGGCGUGACGAACGCUGGCAAAACAUACACCAUGCAAGGCGCGCCGAAUGCCGAGGGUGUGUUGCCGCGAUCUGUCGAGUAUGUCUUUAAUGGCGUUGCAGGCCGUCAGCUGAGGAACUCCCGCCUCAAGCCAAAGUGCUUCAACGACGUGCAGCUGCUCAGCCCCGAGGCAGAGGCCCAAGAGAACGAGUUUCGUCACCACGUCCUCAGCGGCCGCUUUAUGGACGAGAAGAGCGCUUCGCACAUUGUCGCUGAUGCUGAGAGCAAAGCUCGCGCCACAGGCCAGGAAAAGCGCGCCUUCAAGACCGACUACCGCUACAGGUACUCUGUCUGGGUGAGCUACGUCGAGGUGUACAAUGAAAACUUGUACGACCUUCUGCAGGCUCCAGUCCAAGGCAAGGCUCGGCCCAGUCUCAAGCUCGGAAGCGACGCGCAGCAGAAUGUCUACAUGAAGAAUGUGCGCGAAAUCCGUGUCUUUUCGGUCGAAGAGGCCUACCGUGUGUUGCGCUCUGGCCAACGAGCUCGCCAGGUGGCCUCCACUCUGUUGAACAGCGCUUCGAGUCGGAGCCACUGCAUCUUUUCCAUCAAGAUUGUGCGCUCCCUGAGCGAGGACGACCUGACGAAUGCGUUUGCGUCCAGCAUGGCCUUCUUCGACCUGGCAGGAUCGGAGCGAUCUGGCAAGACCAAAAACACGGGUGAUCGUUUCAACGAGGCAUGCUCCAUCAACUCGUCGCUCAUGAAUCUCGGCAUGGUCUUGCGAGCACUGCAGAUCAACCAGCAGCGCAUGCUGGCCGCUUCAAAGAUCAAUCCGCCACCGCGUGUCACUCUGAUGCGCGUCCCGUACCGCGAGAGCAAGCUGACCCACAUUCUUCACAACUUUUUGGCUGAGAACUCGGUCUCCUGCCAUGUGGGAAUGAUUGUCAACAUCAACCCCAGCGUGUCGGACUGCGACGAAACGUCCCAUGUGCUUGGGUUUUCGGCGACCGCGCAAGAGGUCACCACGUUCAAGAACAUUCUGCCAAAGAUUGACACGGGCUUGACCUCAUUGGUGGACGAUAAGGCCGUCAAGCGGCUUGUCGAGGCGUCGGCCAGCGAUGCGGCUGAGGUCGAGCGUCUGCGCGGCUUCAUUCAGGACUUGCUUCGCGAAAAGCGAGAGGCAGACGAGCGAUUCAUUGCCAUGGAGGCACAGCUGCGCGCCGAGGUGGCCCAGGAAAUGAUGGAGCAGCAGGCUGAAUGGGAAGAGUCGCUCAAGGCCAUUCUCACCGAGGAAAACGACCGCAUGAACGACAGGCUGGACGACACUGUCGCCAUUUACACGCGCAUCAUCGAAGAGCGUCGUUCGCAGCUCGUUCGCCGUCAGACUCGACUGUCCAUUGUGGAUAUCGAUGGCUCUCGUCCGUCGCUGGGCCGCUUGUCACUCGUGCCCAACGCGGUAGGCCGCAAGUCGCUCGCGAGCUCCUCGAGUCAAGCCGAGUCCCAGCAGCCUGCAGCCCAGGUGUUGCCCGCCGCUUCCUCGGCCGAGCUGCUGGAUAUUGUGGAUGACGAGGGCCGUCGCAUGUCGCUUGCCACGCUGCGCUGCACCCUCGAGUCGCAGCAAGUCAAAAUCCAAGAGCUGCAAGAGUCCGUCCAGGGCCACGCCGAUACAAACCACCGCUUGUCUGCCAAGCUGCGCAGCGCUGAAGAAACGAUGGAUGCGCUGCGCGAGAAGGCCGACGAGUCCGAGGAGCUGUUGUCCCUGAAAGCCAAGCUUUCGGCCGAGCUGACUGCCCGAGUGGCCGAAGUCGAGGCCUUGACUGCAGAGCUUGCAGCGGCGCGCGCCGAGGCCCUGCAAGCACAGGCUCAAGCCGGGUCCAAGACAACCGCUGCCGAGACCAGAGCCGCGGCUGCAGAGGCCAAAGCGAAAAGCAUGGUUUCAGACUUGGAACAGGCCAUUCAGGAGCUGCAAACCAUGGCUCAGGAGCAGCAAGCGAUGGAUGCCGAGCUCCAAAAGUUCAAGUCAACAGCUGCUUCCGCCGUGGUGCACAUUACCCUCAACGGUGUUUCACAGCAAGUGACCGACGCUGUUGCUCGUGCGAUCGAGGCCCAGCUGGCUUCCCUUGCCGAGGAAGUGACUCUGCUGCGUGCUCAGUUGCAAGAACACAAUGCUGCAUCCAGCAGUGCCCCAGCAGCAGCAGCAGCAACAACAACAACCACAACUGCCAGCCCAUUCAAGGCGGUGCGACCCAGCGACUUUUCUUCCGCACGCGCUGCUGUGGAUGAGCUGGAGCACCUUGCUGAUGCCUCGCUCCGAGAACUCGAGCGCGAGCAGAUUGCCAAAAACACAGUGCCGCUGACCGCUGCUGAAGCGGCCGCAGCGAAUGCGAUGGCUGCUGCUGCUGCUUCAAAGCGCCGUGGGAAGGCGGCCGCUGCUUCUGCUGCUGCUGUUGCUGAUACUUCUUCUGUGGCUGCUGCACCCAAGCGAACCUCCGCGAAACGCAGGUCUGGCGAGACAGGUGGAGCUGACGAACAAGCUCCUUCGGCUGGUGUGACGCCUGUUGAAGGUGGCCGAAAGAAGCGACGCAGCAGUGUGGCACCGGCUUCUUCUGCAGCUUCGACCUCGGGUGGAGACACUCCUGUCGUUGCUGAUGCCAUCAUUGAGGCCGCAGAAAAGUCUCCGCCGCGUCGCAUCAGUGACAUGGGCAACUUGGACGACGAGCCUGGCUCGGCAUCGCGCAGCUCGCAGCGCAACAAUUCGUACUAUUGCGCCAUGGACAAGACGUCCAAAUCUGCAGCUGCCAGCGCGCUCAACGUUCGAUCGCCCUUGUCGCCCUUGCAGCAGUCCGCGUCGGCAACUGCAUCGCCUGCAGAAACCCCCGGUCUUGUUGGUCGAAAGCCAACGCAGCGGUCGCUCAAGCUGCCCGAGGCUGCUGUUCCCUCGUCUCCCGGCAAUCCAGGGUCUGCCUCAGGUCGAGUGUACGCGGCAUUGCGCAACUCGCCAAUCAUGAAGAAGGUGUUUGCGACGCGCAACUACCAGGCUGCAAUGGAAGUGGCUGAAGAGGCCGCACAAACUGCCGCUGGUGCUGCUGCUGCUGCUGCCAAGACGGAUGUUGCGGCAAAGCCAACCAAGGCUGGCACUCGCAAGCUGAUGGCGCGUCCUGCCACAACCUCCAAGCUGCUCAAUGGCACCUCCGGCAUGGCGGACUCGCCCAGCAACAUGCGUCUGCACGCCACCGUUGCUGCCGCUCCGAUUGAGCGUCUCUUGUCGCCGAUCGCCGGCCGCACGCGAACCCGCGCAUCCAAAAAGUAGAGGAGCGGUCCUCCCCUUGCUUUUCGUUGUUGAGUUGAAGCUGUUUAUCGGAUUGCUGCUGCUUUUCCGGGUUGAUGAUGUUUGAUAGAAGUUGAAUGUUGUGUGUUUUCUUAUUUCUAUGCUAUGCAUGAUGAUGGUGAUGGUGAUGAUUGAUUAUUGGCUUGCCACAGUGAACAAUGGUAGUUCUAUUAAAAACAAUUCUAUG